AAUAGUAAUACUAAAUGUAUGCAUAUAAGCUGCUCGUCAGCACUAAAGCUCUGGGAAGUUGAGUUCUUACCUACUAGGUAGGUAGGUAUGGAUGCGUAUCUACCUACCUAUCGAAGUACAGCGGGAAGGCGAGCGGCAGUGGGUUGCCGGGCGUGCCCGGCCUACCCGGGCCACACGGUCUACACGGUCUACACGGCUCAGGGGUAAUUCUGCUAAUUCCCGACUAAACGCUGAAGCGACGUCGUUCCGUGCUGUCCGUGGAUUCUAAGCCAUCCCCGAUUUGCAUUUGUAUUUGAGCAGACGAGGACACUUCAUCCCUUGCCCACGAAGGUGCUUGCUCUGUAUCUUCCACCAGUGACAUUGGCUAUAGCCUGUUAUCCUACAUUCCGCCGGCUUAUUCUGCAUUGCAUAUACCAUAUACCUAUUAGGGUCUAGGUGCCUUUUCUACUUCACUCACUUACUUACUUACUUACUUUGCGCAAUACCUAGGUAUUAAUUACUAAGGGGGUUUUAGACGAACAAGGCAUGGCUCUUAUGAUCGAUGGGGUCGCGGUAGUGACUGGGGCGGGGAGCGGCAUUGGCCAGGAAUGUGCCUUAGCUUACGCCGCGGAGGGCGCGAGGGGCGUGGUGUUGGCAGAUCUCAACUACGAGGCCGCGCUGAAGACUGCGAAGGAGAGUGAGGCCAUCGCCACCAACCCCAACUACAAGGCAUUAGCUGUCGCUGUCGACGUAAGCAAUGUCGAAAGCGUCGACAAGAUGGUUCAGGCUGCCGUAGAUACCUUUGGGCGCAUCGACUACAGCGUCAAUAGCGCAGGUGUUGGUGUGCAGAAGCAUCUCUCGAUCGAGGAGACGGAUCUUGCCGAGAUGAACCGGUUCUGGCAAAUCAAUGUCAUCGGCACUUUCAACUGCAUCCAAGCCGUGGCUCGAGUGAUGAAGACCCAGACAAUAGCCACAGUCACCAACAACCGUGGCAAAGCGCGGGAGGUGGGCCGCGGCGUGAUCCUGAAUCUUGGAUCUGCCAACUCCUACAUGGCUACCGCUCACAUCACCCAAUACACCACCACCAAGCACGCCGUCAUCGGAUUGACCAAGAACGCCGCCAUUGACCUCGCGACACACGGGAUUCGGGUAAACGCGAUUUGCCCCGGGUGGGUGGACACGCCAAUGGUGUCAGACGCAGCCAAGGGGAACCCAGACAUCACCAAGAUGAUAAACUCCGUUGUGCCGAUGCGCAGGCUGGCGAGGACGGAGGAGAUAUCUGACGCGGUCCUGUAUAUGACAAGCCCCAGAUCGAGCUUCGUCACGGGGGUGGGAUGGGUUGUGGAUGGUGGUUUGACCAUACAGGUGAAGAGCUCCUAACAGGUACCUAAUCUAGGUAACUAGGAACACGAAUAUACCUUGCGCAUAAAAUCUGUAUGGGGUUUGGGUUAGCUAUCUGUCGUGUCAUGGCCAUCAUUGGACCAUUUCGAGUUCUUCCCCGUGUCUCUGAGUGCUUGCAUGUUCGUUUAGAACUACAUACCAACCUACCUAAGUUACAGUACAAAAUUACA